UUGGCCAAGCCAGGCUAUAUAAUGCUGCUGGGGUCCCCCAGCCCAGCACCACCACUCUUGCCUCCGUGCACUGCCAGCCAACAGAAGAGCUGCCCAUGACCAGCCAGCACAUGGAGACCCUGGGUCAAUUCAAGAUAACCGUCUGGGAGGAAGAAAACUUCCAGGGGAAGCGCUGUGAGUUUCUGAUGGAGUGUCCCAGCAUCAUGGAACGUGGCUUCCGCAAGAUCCGCUCCAUCAAGGUGGAAAGUGGCCCCUGGGUGGGGUUUGAGUACCCUGAAUACCAAGGACAGCAAUUCAUCUUGGAGAAAGGAGACUACCCUCGGUGGGAGGCCUGGAGUGGGAACAGUGGCUACAGGACCGAGCACCUGCUCUCCUUCCGGACUAUCAAGUGUGCUAACCACAGUGACAGCAAAGUGACCCUGUAUGAGGCAGAGAACUUCCAAGGACGCAAGUUUGAGCUCAGCGAUGACUAUCCAUCCCUGCAGGCCAUGGGCUGGGGCAACAAGGAGGUGGCUUCUAUCAAGGUCAAUUCUGGAGCAUGGGUGGCAUAUCAAUACCCAGGGUACCGGGGCUACCAAUAUGUCCUGGAGCGGGACAGACAGAAUGGUGAAUACAAAAAGUACAGCGAAUACAGCACCCAGGCCCACACCAACCAGAUCCAGUCCAUCCGCCGUGUCCAGCACUGAGCUGUGUCUUAGCAGCAGCAGCAUCGGCCCUCCUGCACUCCACCAGCACCCCCCACACCUGCCUCUGCGCCCAAGGGCCCGCCAAGCAGUAGACCUGCACCUGGUAGCCAAUAAAGGCAUUUACCAAACCCA